CUGGACAGUAAUAUUCCGCUUUUACACGUGUGCAACUGUUGGCACAAUUGUUGGUGUCAACCAACCCAAGACAGGUCACACAACAAUUCAUGCAGGAUUGACAAUGGGUUCUUCGAUUUUCGCGUGGAGAUUGUUGGAAUUGUUGGGUUGAGAGAGAUGGGUUUUACGAAUGUCGCCAGUAUUUGCGCUUCUGCUUACCCUCGAAUUGUGAGGGAGGUGCAGUGGAGGUGCUGCAACGCAAGUAAUAUAAAUCUCUCAGCAAGGGUAAACCAUUCUCUGCAGCGGCAAUGGCAAGGAAAGCUCCACAAUAGCACCAUUCUGUCCUUGAUUUUGCAUCACUCUAAGCUAAACGCGAGCAGAUUAGCGCUCGUUUCGUCGUCCAUUGAUGCCCAAUUGUUAACGACAUGUUUUAAAGUGCGGACCACGACGGAUGCGAGUGUAGGAGGAGGCGUGGAGGUUGUUGAAAGAUGUAGAUUAUGGGGAUCUGAGGGCAGUGGUCCAAUUUUCUCGUUGGGGGUCGCACCGGAUCUUGACCUACUCAUUACUGGUCAUGCGGAGAGGGAGUUAAUGCUUUGGAGGCUAACUGACUGGACAUCAAUUCCUGGAGUUCCUUUGGGAGGUCAUACAGGAUGGGUGCGAACUCUUGCUAUAGGCAAAAAAAUCAUAAUAAGCGCAGCAUGCAAUUUCAUUAAAGUGUGGGAGCUUCCUGACUUCUCAGACGCUACCGUGACCAACACCUCCAGUGUGGAGCAUUUAGGCGAUCUGCAACUAUUCAAGGGUGACGUGCUUGCUGUGGCCAUGGACGAUGACUGCAUCUAUGCUGCCACCGUAGAUGGUACUUUACACAUGUGGAUAAUUUCCUCAACUGUUAGGAAAUUAACUAUGAGAUCUAUUAACAAGGGUAUCAGUGUCCAAGCCCAUGAAGGCAGAAUCAAUAGUGUACUGGUCCACAAUGGUGUUGUCAUAAGUGCUGGACACGACGGCUGUAUACGGGUAUGGUGCAAAUUAACUCUGGAAAUGAAGGCUGAAGUAAAAGCUGCACACGAAGGCUCAUUGGUACAUGCCUUAACAGCAACAAGCAAUUUCCUCUUCAGUGGAGGGGCUGACCAGCUUGUACGUAUUUGGGAUCCAGAGAGUCUGGCUUCCAUUGGGGAACCAGCGCGAUUACAUGCUGCGGGUGUGAGAUCACUUUCCGCUGCCACUUCAUCAUCUAUGCCAUCAUCUACGGAAACAAUGGUGAACUCAACCAUUUGGUUAGUAUCAGGAGAUGCACAGGCAACCUUCCAGAAAACCUCUUAAGGUGCGGCCAAUAAGGAGGUUUGCUCCUCCCGUUUAUCGGCAUGAUCCGAAAUAACGGCACUCCUUCGUGCAGAGAUAAUCUUUGCCAUCUCCACCCAAAAUGUACCGCAAACACAAAUGACAGUUAAUACCAACCACUGCCUCAAUGGCACAACCUCCAGCUUCAAGUGGCGUCUCAGCAACGCCGAUACUGAGCUUGUUGCAGCGAGGCCAACGGCAGCCACAAGCCAAACGCACAUUGCAGGAUUCGAAAAAAACCCUUUAUAAUACACUGGUUCCCGAAAUGUCCGCAAAUUCAAGGCCAAUAACACGUGAGCAAGUAGCCAAGCCAGGAAGGCACUGGAUUGCGCAGUCUCAGGAUGGACGUAAACACCAUAUGCAAAGCUCACAAGAACGGUGAAUAUCAUGCACAGGGCUGAGACAAGAAUGCCCCCAACGAUCUCACGGUUGAAGAAACGCUUGGUUGAAUCAAGAGGUGGCCUACGCAUGAUGUCUGUGUCGGCUGGCUCCAUCACAAAGGAUGUGCUAGCACCCAAGUCCAUGAAAAGCUCCAGUACUAUGAUCUGAAUAGCGCUCAGGGGAAAGCUUCACCAGACGGGAGAAUGUCUGUCAGUAUUAGGCUUCAUUCUCCAAAACUUCUCAUUAGAAAACUGGUGUAUAAAAACAAUAAGUAUGUUAAUUUUCAAGUAAAAUUUUGAGUUCAGGCUUCA